UGGUGCCUCGCUGACCCUCUUUCUCCCCCCUCGCCAUGCUGCAGUGCACCUUUGGUCUUCCUGCUUCGUCCCGGUCCCAGCCUGGGCUCCUUCUCCCGUCUCUGGAAAUAUGUCCGAAGGAGUGGAUCUGAUCGACAUCUACGCCGACGAGGAGUUCAACCAGGACUCUGAGUUCAGUAAUGCUGAUCAGAUGGACCUGUACGAUGAUGUGCUAGCAGCCAGCUCACAGCCCCCCGAAAGCCGCACCAGCAGCUCAGAGGCACCCCCGGAGAUCCGCCAGGAGCCGUCCCCCAAGCCCAACAGCAAAUCUCCUGCCAUCCUGUACACGUACAGCGGGUUGCGCAACAAGAGAGCUGCCGUCUAUGUGGGCAGCUUCUCCUGGUGGACGACUGACCAGCAGCUGAUCCAGACCAUCCGCUCGGUUGGUGUCUACGACGUAGUGGAGCUGAAAUUCGCAGAGAACCGAGCCAAUGGCCAGUCGAAAGGGUACGCAGAGGUGGUGGUUGCCUCUGAGAACUCAGUCCACAAACUCCUGGAGCUCCUGCCUGGCAAAAUCCUCAACGGGGACAAGGUGGAGGUGAGGCUGGCAACCCGGCAGAACCUGUCACAGUUCGAGGCGCAGGCUCGCAAACGUGUGCCGCCGAGGGCCCACUCCCGAGACUCCGUGGACUCAGUGGACGGCCGUGCCACGCCGACAGAGAAUGCCUUGCCGCCUGCCCGUGUGGAGAAACCCCCCUCUGUCCUGCCUUUUUUCAACCGCCCCCCCGCUGCCCUGCCCCUCAUGGGGCUGCCCCCGCCGCCGAUUGCCUUCUUCCCCCCACCCAACGCAGCCCUGGGUCCUCCGCCGGACACCUACGGCAAGGCCAUGGCCCCCUACAACCACAGCAGCCGGGAGCUCGGCCCACCACCUCCCCCUGUGAGCGAAGUGGAGUUUGAGGAGAUCAUGAACAGGAACCGGGCGAUCUCCAGCAGCGCCAUUUCCAAGGCAGUGUCCGGCGCCAGCGCAGGCGAUUACAGCGACGCCAUCGAGACCCUCCUCACGGCCAUCGCCGUCAUCAAGCAGUCCCGCGUCGCCAAUGACGAGCGGUGCCGCGUCCUCCUCUCGUCCCUCAAAGACUGUCUGCACGGCAUCGAAGCCAAGUCCUACAGCACGGGCGCCAGCAGCAGCUCCUCCAGGAAAAGACACCGAUCUCGGGAGCGCUCUCCCAGCCGGUCUCGCGAAAGCAGCCGGCGGCACCGGGACCUGCUCCACAGCGAGGAUCGGCACGAGGACUAUUUCCAGGAGCGGAACCGGGAGCACGACCGACAUCGGGACAGGGACAGAGAGAGGGACCGGCACCACUGAGACAGGAGUUUGGCAGUAAGUGGUUUUUAAUGGACUCGUAUCUCCUCACCUCGAUCAGGACUACGUGACGAGGCCGCUCCACCCCCCCGCCCCUUCCCCGCCACCCCCAGCUCUCUCCGGGCGCCCGAGGAAAACCGUGCCGUGCUCCGGCGGGACUCCCACCGACACCUCGUGGCCUUGGGGCCUGAGCCUUUGCCCGCACUCACCGCUACUGCUGCUUCCCCGGGGAGAGACGGGGAGCCGGGGAACGCCUGCGCCUGGGCCACCCUGCUCCACUCCGUGGACUCUCGGACCCAAAGAGAAAUGGUGCUUUUUUUUUUCCAUGGAGGGAGGUUUGUGAGCCCUUUCCUCUCCGGGGGUGGCUGGAGGGGAUGGAGCCCUCCCUGUGGGCGUGAAGCGCGGGGGCUUGGAGGCGCACGGCUCCCGACCCCGUGCCCAGGUUCGCUGGUAUGGGGUCUUCUGCCACGUAUCAUCCUCUCACCUCGUCUGGGGACACUCCUGUCCCCAUCACCCCAGCAGUCCCAGCACAGGCCCCCCCAUCCUGCAGGACACUGUGCCACGCUCCUCCUUUUCCCCCCUCUGAUGGAGGGGAAGCGCAGCCCAUCCCCUCCGCGGGCCUGCUUUUUCCCCUUCGCCCUCUCCGCUCUGUCUGGGAGCGACGUGCUGAGGAAGCGGGGGGCUAGAGCUGGGCCAGGGGUCGCCCCCUCUCUCUGCCCCGAUGUUCCCCACCGGCUCGCCGCAGCGGCAUUGCCAUCCCAAACAGCAGCUCCGGCUGCCGAGCGCCGGCAGGGUCCUGCAUGGAGCCGGCCUCUCCUGCAGCACCUUCCUUGUUUUAGAGGAAGCGGAGGAGGCGGGGCGGGGCGGGGCAGGGCAGGCUGCCACCCCCCCUGCCUUGGGGACUACCUGUCCCCCGCUUGUGCUGGGGGCUCUUCCAGCUGUGUCCCUACGUCCCCCGGCUACCCUUUCCUAACAGGCGGCAUGGUGGUUCCGCGUGUGGUAGCAGCUCGGCUGUGUCGCACAGGCCGGGACGGGGGUGGUGGGUACACGAUGGCGGGGA